CUAUUUUGACACGUCAUAAUGUGCCGGUCAGUGGGCUCCACGUUAAUCGACCCCCAACCUCCAUAAAUACCCGUCCACCCCUCCUCCUUCCUUCCCUUUUCUCCACCCGCUCUCUCUGUUAAUAAAAUUUUCUGCAAGUCCUUAUUACAAUUCAGGCCCAUAGAAUUCUGGGUUUUAGAUAUCGGCUCAUUCCGAUACUUUCUAGCCGAUGUCCGUGUCUCAGGAGUUCCUCGCGGCCCUUGAGGGAUGGGAGGCUCGGCCGCCGGCCGAAACGGACUGGUCCGGGCCUGUCAUGUCUCCCGAGGAGGAACGGCGGCUGAAGCGCAUGAUAUCGAACCGGGAAUCAGCCCGGCGGUCGAGGAUGCGAAAGCAACGGCACCUCGAUGGCUUAAGGAACCAUCUGAACCGGCUUAAGUCAGAGAACCGAGAAUUAUCGAACCGGAUUCGGACCGUGGUCCACAACUGCCAAUUUUUUCGGCUUGACAACGACCGCCUCCGGUCCGAGUUGGACUUUUUCCGCGGCCGGCUUGCUAAAAUCCACAGGGUUCUCAUUUACCGGCAGCUACAGCGGCUUGUUUUUCCCUCUUCUGCCGCCCUAUGCGGUGAUCUUAAACAAUGGUAUCGGAAAACCGCCAAGUGGAAUCCAGGAACCGCGGGUCAGGAAAAGACGCCGGCCGCGAGGCGGGGUAAAUUCAUGGCGGUUUCGCGUAACGGACAGCUCAUACCGUUCUGUUGUUAUGCUAGAGACUGGCUCCACGUGUUGACCAGCAGGCUCUCCGAGCUCUUGCUAAUCUGGCACUAA